AUGCGAUCAACUGCAGUCCUUAUCGUGGGUGCAGGUCCUACCGGCCUUACGUUGGCCCUCGAACUUUCCCUUCAGAAAAUCCCAUUUAUCCUAAUCGAUCCUCUCUUCACUCAGUCUCCUAAUUCUCGCGCUCUCGUUCUUCACACUCGUUCCGUGGAACUUUUCUCUCGACAUUCCUCUCUCGUAUCGAAUCUCCUCCCUCUCUGCAAACAAAAUAUCGGCUUAAGCUUCUACGUCAACAAGAAGAAUGCAUUCGAAAUGGAUCUCACCCGGGAGAACAUGGGUGUACUCGAUACAGAGUAUUCAGGACCUUAUUUUCUCAGCCAGGGCGAGACAGAAUCAUGUCUUGAAAAACAAUUAGAAGAAUAUGGAGGCAAAGUGGAGAGGGGAACAAAAGCCAUGUCCAUUGUUCAGGAUAACAAUGGUGUUUCGGUUCGGAUUAAACAAGUACGGCAAGAUGGCUACGAAGAAUCCGACGAGGAAGAGAUUCGCUGUCAAUACAUUGUUGGAUGUGAUGGAUCUCAUUCAAUGGUUCGGAAAUCGGCCGAUUUGAAAUUCGAAGGCUCUGCAUACCAAUCGGAUUUCAUACUGGCAGACGUGAAGUUAAAAUGGGAGUAUGCAUCGGAUCGAUUGACGUUGUUCAUGGGGAAUGAAUUCAUGAUGUGUUUACCACUCAAAGAUGGAGUACACCGACUUGUAUUAAGUGUUCCUAAUUCUAAGAAAGAUGAAUCGACUUACGGAGAGGCCAAAGAUGAUGGGGAUAUUGAACUCGAGGAUCCUCCUAUAUGGAUUACAAGAUUUAAACUCCAUCAUAGGCUUGCCGAUUCCUUUCGCAAUGGUCGUAUAUUCAUCGCUGGAGAUGCAGCGCAUAUCCAUUCGCCAGCUGGUGGUCAGGGAAUGAACACGGGCAUCCAGGAUGCCAUCAAUCUCGGCUGGAAACUCGGCGCUGUUCUUCGAAACCAGAGGAAAGAAAGUUUUCUCGACUCCUACAGUAUUGAACGACGUCGCGUGGGAGUCAAUCUCUUAAAAGGUACAGAUCAGGUCUUCGAAUUUAUGGCUACAACCAAUCCUGUUUAUCUCUAUCUACGCAACACUCUCUUUCCAUGGAUGGCCCCAAUUGCUUUCAAAAAAGGUGCAAAUCGCGCUAGGAGAUACCGAUUUAUUACUCAACUGGGAAUACGAUAUCGACACUCGUCGAUUUGUAGAACUGCAAGUGCAUAUUAUGGGCCCAGAAGAGGAGGCGAUCGCGCGCCCGAUGGGAAAAUAGUGUUGCCUGAUACUCAAGAGCAGACAAGUCUAUAUUCGUUAUUUAAAGGGCCAACACAUCAUUUGUUACUCUUUUCAGGGUUGAGGACAGGGGCAAUGGACGCACAGGAUUUGUUAGAGACGGUUGGAACAGAUUUUCCGGAAAAGGAACAAAGUUGGUUGAGGAUCCAUAGGAUCGUGGGUGGAGAGAAAAAAGGAGGAGAGGGGAUUUAUGAUGAAGCAGGUAUUCUACAUGAGAGGUAUGGGUUCGUAAAUGAACCGGGUUACGUAUGUGUUAGGCCCGAUGCCUAUAUUGAGUAUAUUGGGACAAUGAAGGGAUUAGCAGAGUGGAAAGCAAGUUUGCUUUUAUGA